ACUACAUCCUAUGCAGAAUCAAUGUAUAUAGAAUUUAGCUGCCAAAGGGGGUAGCUGUCACUAGUGAGUUCAUUGUUGGUUUCUAUGGAGACAGAUCAGCCUAUCCUGAACAGCUAUUAGAUCAUACAGAAAGAUGCGUGUCUUUCUGUGGAAGUUCAGUACAGAGCACUUUGGAUUUCUUGUUCAGUUUGUCUUCGUGCAGCUUUUCUAAGCUGCUGCAAAUAGUGGAUGACCAUGCAGAGUUCACCUAGGAAGCGUCUGGCAGUGAAUAUUUUUAGCAACUUUUUUUAUGGCCGGAGACAUUCUUCUUCUGAUCCUCUUCUCCGCAAACUUCACAGGCGACGGAGUUCAGUUGUAGAGGUUCUCUCGACUUCUACCCACAGGGUUAUGGUAGCCAUUUCCUCUGUGAGCCCUGAGGAGCUAAAUGCUGCUUUCCUUGAGAAAAGAAGAAUAUUUCGGCGUCCAACUGCAAAAUACACCAAAGUUGGAGAACGUCUUCGCCAUGUAAUUCCUGGUUAUAUGCAAUGCUCCAUGGCAUGUGGUGGCCGUGGUUGUAAAUAUGAAAAUCCAACUCGGUGGAGUGAUGAGGAACAGGCUGUUAAAGGACUUUACUCAUCCUGGGUAACAGAUAACAUAUUAGCCAUGUCUCGGCCCUCAACAGAAAUUAUUGAGAAGUAUAAUAUUAUUGAGCAGUUCCAAAGAUGUUGCAUAAAAACAGUAAUUAACCUUCAGCGCCCUGGGGAACAUGCUAGCUGCGGGAAUCCGCUGGAACAAGAAAGUGGUUUCACUUACCUUCCUGAAGCUUUCAUGGAGGCGGGAAUUUAUUUUUAUAACUUUGGAUGGAAGGAUUAUGGUGUGGCUUCUUUCACUACUAUCCUCGAUAUGGUAAAAGUGAUGACUUUUGCCUUACAGGAAGGAAGGGUAGCUAUUCAUUGCCAUGCUGGACUUGGUCGAACAGGUGUUUUAAUAGCUUGUUACUUGGUUUUUGCAACAAGAAUGACUGCGGAUCAAGCAAUUGUUUAUGUCAGGACAAAGAGGCCUAACUCAGUUCAAACUAGAGGGCAGCUGUUGUGUGUAAGGGAGUUCUCGCAAUUCUUAAUCCCACUGCGAAAUGUUUUCGCUUCCUGUGAGCCCAAAGCCCAUGCAGUUACUCUUUCCCAGUUCCUGAUCCGACAGCGACAUUUGCUUCAUGGUUACGAGAGCAGACACCUCAAGUAUGUGCCAAAACUUAUUCAUUUGAUUUGCAAACUGUUGUUGGAGUUGGCUGAAAGCCGGCAAGUGAUAGAAGAGGAAGUAGUAGAAAUACCAGAUCUGUCAGCCGAAAUUGAAGAGACUGUUUCCCAAUUAGCUUCCACAGAGCUUGAUAAAGAGUUAACAAGGCGUGACAGUAGUACCUCAGAGCCAUACUCCUACUCAGGAUCAACUGCUUUUCAUGUAGGCAGUGAUGAAUGUGAUCCUUUUUGGAAGAGGAGGAACGUUGGCUUCCUUCAGCCUCUGAGUCGUGGAAAAAGGCGCCUGAGCUUCAGUGAAUCAGAUUUAAGGAGAGCCGUAUAUGCCUCUGAGCAUGGAGAGAGUCCAUGGUCAGUGCCUGUGCAAGUGCCAUUCUGCAACAAAGCAGAUGAAAAGAAUGAAGAGGACUGGCGAACUCUCCAGGCUGAGAUAAACAAAGAACUCUUAGUUCGUAGUACCUUCACUUUCUGGAGUCAGGGUAAAUUUAAUUUAGAUGGAAAAGGAGGUUGUUCUCCUGGUCGUUCUCCUCUUUAUGAUAAAAACAGACAUCCUAAAGAAGUACAACGCAGUAAAACAUUUUCUUCAGGCUUUAUAUGUGAUCGGGAGGAAGAGGAUGAGGAAGACAAUGAAGAACUAAAAGCACUGAACUAUAGCUGUGGUAAGAGAACGUGGUCCUCUGAGGAUUCAGACUCUUCCAAAGCAGAGCGUGAGAGCUUUAGAGAACUCUCUGAAACGAUCCCCCAUAUUGUUGUGCAAUCAGAACUAACUCUGGAAGCCCGAAGAAUUUUAGCAGUUAAAGCCCUUGCAGAUCUAAAUGAAUUUGAGGGAGCAGAAGACGUAAACUGCAAGGUGGAAAAGUGGCAGAAAGAAUUAAAUUCUCAAAAUGGAGCCUGGGAUAGGAUAUGUGCUGAGAGAGACCCUUUUAUUCUCAGUGGUCUGAUGUGGUCUUGGAUAGAACAACUAAAAGAACCUGUCUUAACUAAUGAUGAUGUUGACUUACUUGCAAAAAAUUGCAUAGACUCUCAAGAAGGAUUUAAAUUGCUAGAAAAGGGAAAAUAUCAAACUAUAUUAUGUAUUUUAAAGUGUGUGGUGAAUUUAGGGACAAUACCAACAGAUUUGGAAGAACGUUUUCUUGAUCGUGCCAUCAAAGCAUUCACAAAGAUGAAUUCUGAUUCUGAGCAUCGUCUGCAUGUUUACAACACUCUAAGGAAGGUUUUCAAACAGAUACUGGAACACCAAAGAAAACACUGCACAGAAGGAACAGGAAACCCUGUUUGAUGUUCACACUUCUAAGCUGUAGUUCUCU